GGUACGUGGCCGCUUCAGCUGACAGUCUACAUGAUGGCGACAGAGGUUCAGAGCGGCGACCUCGACAGUGCUAAUUCCAGCCGGCUCGAAGUUUCCAUCGAUGGCCUCACCCUCAGUCCAGACCCGGAGGGCGAGCAGACCCGGGUCGAGGAGCCGGACCCGGGACCUGCGGAACCCGACAACGACACGUCGGAUGCCGCGGGAGGCGAAGAUGGAGAGACGGCAAAAUCAGCCAUAGAGAGGAAAUGGGGCUUUCCUUUGCUGGAGCUCUACGGAAUGGGCCUUAAAUUUUUCAAAGAUAAAGAUGGAAAGGCCUUCCACCCGACCUAUGAGGAGAAGCUUCGGCUGGUGGCUCUGCACAAACAGGUGUUACUGGGGCCUUAUAAUCUGGACGCUUCACCGGAGGUCGGCUUCUUUGAUGUCCUGGGCAACGACCGCAGGAAAGAGUGGGCCUCCUUGGGUAACCUGGAGAAGGAGGACGCCAUGGUGGAGUUUGUCAAGCUGCUGAACAAGUGCUGUAACCUCUUUGCUCCCUACGUCACCUCGCACAAGAUCGAAAGGGAGGAGCAGGAGAGGAAACGGAAAGAAGAAGAAGAGCGCCAGCGGCUGGAGGAGGAGGAGAGAGAACGACAGAGGCAGGAGGAGGAGAGACGGAGGCUUGAGGAGGAGGAAAGGCAGAGGAGAGAGGACGAGGAAAGGAGACAGGCAGAGGAGGAGAGGCUACGGAUUGAGCAGCAGAAACAACAGAUCAUGGCGGCGUUGAAUGCUCAGACAGCAGUGCAGUUCCAGCAGUAUGCUGCCCAGCAAUACCCCAACAGCCCGGAGCAACAGCUGGGCCUCAUCCGGCAGCUCCAGGAGCAGCACUACCAGCAGUACAUGCAGCAGCUCUACCAGGUCCAGCUGGCCCAGCAACAGGCGGCCUUACAGAAGCAGCAGAUGCAGGCGGACUCGAUGGUGCAGGGCACCCUUGAAUCUAGUGGCUUCAGCAGUGGGGAACCCAUCCCCGCCUCAGCAGCAGUACAGUUGUGCGCCUCUUCACCAACUACGAGUGAGGAAACCACGACAGUCAACGGAGGCCAGUUGGACUCGUACUCGGAGAGCAUGGACAGGGAGCCGGAGCCGGAGCCAGCAGAGGAGGUCUCCGAGAACGGGCCUUUAUUAGCCGACUCCCCACCAGUCAUAGCAGCUCCCUCCAUGUGGACGCGGCCACAGAUCAAGGACUUCAAGGAGAAGAUCCGUCAGGACGCAGACAGUGUGAUCACAGUGGGGCGCGGGGAGGUGGUGACGGUGCGAGUGCCCACCCAUGAGGAGGGCUCUUACCUUUUCUGGGAGUUUGCCACGGACUAUUACGACAUCGGCUUCGGGGUCUUCUUCGAAUGGACGGACGCCGCGUCCGCCGCGGUCAGCGUGCACGUGUCGGAGUCCAGCGACGAGGAUGAGGAGGACGAAGGUGAACCUCCCAGCGAGGAGGAGAAGGCGAAGAAGGAGGCGGGGAAGCCCCAGGUGGAUGAGAUUGUGCCGGUGUACCGGCGGGACUGUCAUGAGGAGGUGUACGCCGGCAGCCAUCAGUACCCUGGCCGCGGAGUCUACCUGCUCAAGUUUGACAACUCCUACUCACUCUGGCGCUCCAAGAGUGUUUACUACAGAGUCUACUACACCAGAUAAGCCUGAAUACAGACACAGGGGAGCCAAGGAGUGUGUGUGUGUUCAUAUAUAUAUAUAUAUAUA